AUGUGGGCUUAUGCGCUCAUGGUUCAUUUAUAUUAUUAUAGAAACUUGAAAAUUCAUCCCCCUCCACGACGUAAUCCAGAUGGAACAAAAAUACAAGAAGAUAAUGCACAUAAAAUCUCACGCAUCUUUCAUUGGUCUUGUGUUGAGUUUCAAGCAAACCGAUUUAGUUUAUUUGAAUCUGGUAGAGAAAUGGCAGAGACAACGAUGGAUGUCGUAGCUCAUAGCAUUGGUUUUUUUCUUGCUUUUUGUAUGAUCGAAUCAAUUUGGUAUAAACUAGGAGCCUUAGCACUUAUGUUUGGUGUACUUUAUCGACAAAUGCUUGGUUUGCCAUUUUUUCUUACUGAACCCAAAAUGAUGCCAACACAAUUACAACGAUUCUUUGCCGUAAUCCCUACUAGUAUCAAAGCAGAUUAAUUUUUUCUUCUGUUUAAAACAAGAUAAUUGACUUUGUUAUUUCGACGUCAUUUUAAUUCUGUUGUUUGAAAAUAAAGAGAGAAAUAAAAAUUGCUUUUGUAUGAUCUUCAACUUUUUCGAUUUAUAAACUGUUAUAGAAAGUUAAUAUCAGAAUGAAGAACUUGCCUUUGUAUUAGUAUCAUAUAGCUAAUUAUAUGAACAAGAAACUAUUCUGUUUAGCUCAUUUACCAAAAUUUUACUGUCAAUAGUCCACCAAGCAAUUUUAAUACAUCUGUCAAUUAAUGAAAAGUAGAGUCCAUCGGCUAGGUCCCAGACAUAUUCAAGCCUGGGAUCGAUUCUAUGAAUCCUACUUUGAAUGUUAGAACUAAUUAUAGCUUGGGUUUUAUAAGAUCAUAGUCAAUAUUGCCUAAGAAAUAUGAUAUGUGUGCUAGUCAUCGAAUACAAAUAAUCGAAAAAAUGUUGGAUCUGACGGAUUUGAGUGAUACGCAUCCAUAAACAACUAUAGUCUUGAAUAUUAUUUAUAUUAUCACAUUAUUUUCAACCUAAUUUGUUAUAAUAAAAUAAUGCUCUUAUCUUCACCUCAUGAAGUCACAAGUCAGGCAUAAAUAAACAGCAUAUAGCGCAUAUCUUUAAUAUUAUCUAACGUUUAGUUGAUAAGGCUUCAAUAAAAUCUUACUUUUAUUUGAGAAACAUCUUUCUUUCUAUGCUUACAUAAAAAUAACGUGUGCAACAGAAGAAAUUUCCAACACCUGUAGACUAAAUUCUAAGCAACAGUUUAACUCUAUUUCAAAACAAAGCACAUCAUCGAAUAAAAAGAACAAAACUUUAUAUCUUCAUAAAAAGACUUCAUUUUAUGUACACAUCUUUCUUUUUUGAAAAUUCUACAAGUACGACGAGACGAAAAUCGACACUGCCCACCAGCUCGUUUAUUUUCGCAUAAGCUAUACGGUUCAUGCAAUCUAUUAGCGCAAAAAUCGAUAGCUUUGAACCUUUUCUCAUUUCAUACAUUGACUGAUGGUGUCCCAAAUGUAUCAAUGCAGAAUAUUUAAAUACGGACUAUUUCGCGGUCAUUUUUUGAUGUCGAUAAAAUUAGAAUAUUGCUAUCUAGGGUGUGGGUGGGUGUGGAUGUGGGUGUGGGGG